AUGGACUACGUUUCGUUACCGAAGAUCGAGUUGCACGCUCAUCUAACUGGAAGCGUAUCCCGCCAUACAUUACACGAGAUAUGGAAGAAGAAGAAGGCUUCAGGGCAAACAGACCUAGAUGAUCCACUGGUUGUCAUGCCGGAGGGCAAACAUGACUAUAACCUUCAAACUUUCUUCCCACUAUUCAGCAGCUACAUCUACAACCUCAUCACAGACGAAGAGUCGAUUCGUUAUGCCGUAAACAGUGUCCUUCAGGGCUUCCUAGACGAUGGAAUCGUGUACUUGGAGCUUCGCACCACGCCGCGAUCUACGACCAACAUGUCUGCAGAGACUUACAUCACAAUACUCUUAAAUGCUAUUGAGGAAUUUGAAAAAUCACACCCACAAAUGCACACCAGACUCAUUCUCUCUAUUGAUAGGCGACAUUCAGUCGAGACAGCAGAAUCUAUCCUUGAGCUGGCAACACGCCUGCAAAACUCUACCAGAGGAGUUGUGGGAAUUGACCUAUGCGGAGACCCAACGGCGCGGCCAGGAGGAGAUGUUUCAAUCUUCACUCCUGUCUUUGAGCAAGCCUCUAGAGCUGGUCUCGGAAUCACUGUUCAUUUUGCUGAAGCAGAGGCUAGUGGAUCCUACGAAGAAUUACGCACACUGCUUUCGUGGAAUCCUGACCGAUUAGGACAUGUUAUUUGGGAAGACGAGGCAGCAAAGAAGGAGAUUGCGAAGAGGGAGCUAUGCCUGGAGCUCUGCUUGAGUUGUAAUGUGCAGGCAGAAAUGAUCCAUGGCGGCUUUGAGGCUCAUCAUUUCAAACAUUGGAAGGAUGUGAAGGGACCCAAGAUUUCUCUUGGUACAGAUGAUGUGGGCGUGUUUGGGAGCCCUCUGUCCAACGAAUACAGACUGGUAGCAAAGCAUUUCCAUCUUGAUCGGUCUCAAAUAUGCGCCCUGGCGAGGCAGGGAAUUGAGGGCAUAUUUGGUGGUGACCAAGAAAAAGAGCGGCUGCGGCAAGUCAUGUGGAAAGAAUGA